UUGAAGCGACUGACCGAGUGGUGCCUGUCAACAAUUUGGUACACUCUUUAUUUCAAAGCGUACAGGUCACCAUAGGAAACCGUCUAAUUUCUGACUGCACUACUCACUAUGCCUACCGCGCAUAUCUGGAGACGUUGUUGGGUUGUACAACGGAAACAAUGAAUACUAAUCUAACCACUGGAGGCUUUUAUUUGGACACGUCUGGAUAUCUCAACUCACCGGUGAACAACAAUGGCGCGCAGCGAAGAAAAGACCUGUUUACCAAUAACGGGUGGGUUGAACUAUCUGGACGGCUGUUUACCGAUAUAACGAUGCAAGACAAACCUCUUUUGCCGGGCGUAAGCAUGGGAAUCAAAUUUAUCAUGAGUAAACCUGAAUUUCAUUUGCAAACCUAUGCUGCUCCUACCGGCGAUAAGACCACUGCAACCCAAGGAACGCCGGAAUACGAGUAUCGGACGUUUCUACGAAAUCCGUGCUUAUACUUGAAACGCUAUAUACCUACUCCGGACUAUCUCACAGCCAUUACACAAAUGUUGGGAACAAAAACGGCCAAAUAUCACAUUGAACGAACACUGAUGCGGGUGCACGAUAUAACAAAAAGCACUCAGUCUACGGUUGUGGCCAACCUCCAUAUCGGACAAAUUCCCAAAGUUAUGUUUAUUGGCUUUGUUUCUAACGCUUCUUUUCAUGGAUCGCAAGAUAAGAAUCCCUUCAAUUUCGAAAAUUUCUCAAUCACGGCUAUUGCCGUGGAAGUGGACGGACAGAGCUAUCCAGCAAAACCGUAUCAACCGGACUUUGUUAAUGGACGCUCGCUAGAAUGCUACAAUGGACUAAUGGACACACUAGGAAGAAAAAACAGUAGCUAUGGUCAUAUGCCAUUCAGUCGCAUCGGAUAUCAGCAAGGUUUUACCAUAUUUGGCUUUGACCUUACCCCUGAACACACUGGAAGAGGCGCAAUGACGCUGAUACGGCAAGGAAACUUGGCCGUUCGUGUGGCUUUUGCCAAGCCACUAUCUGAUACGGUGAUGAUGUGCACUAUGCUGGUAAUGGAUAAUUUGGUGGAAUUUAACCAGCAUCGCAAUUUAAUUGCCGAUUUUACAUCAUGAACACAUCCGAACUGCGGAGUGCUCUCAGCAGCAACUGGAUUACUGCCCAGGGCUUCAAAGGUGUUUUUGCCGCGGAUACUUUGCCCGAAAGAACGGCAUCGGACCUGCCGGCUUCCUAUG